AUGUCAUCUUUGAAAGAGUUCAAUGGCAGCGAAGUGGCAGCUCAUAACUCCAAAACGGAUUUGUUUGUCAUAAUUCAUGGAAAAGUCUACGACAUCACAAACUACGUGCGAGACCACCCGGGCGGUGCGGAUGUUUUGGUAGAUGUGGCCGGCGGAGAUGCGACAGCUGCUUAUGAAGACGUCGGCCACUCAGAGGAUGCCGAUGAGAUCCUUGAAACAUACCUCGUGGGAAUUGUCAAAGAUGCGCAAGAAUUUGUUAAGCCCAAGACCGUUCGGGUGAUCCAGCAAAGCCCCUCUACCACAGACACGCCCAAGAGAACAUCGGCCACGAAGGCUGUCACAGCAAUGGCUGCCACGCUUGCCGCUACCGCAGUGAUCUACAUUUCCACCAAGAACCAUUCUGCUCUUCGUGAUGUGGUCACAGGCUAUUUCCCGGCCCCUUUGAGAAUCACCAAAGCUCAUGUCUCAUACCCAGCUUUUCUUCGUGGUGGAUUUUCGAGUGGAUUUGCUGCUGCUACUCUGGCGUGUGCAGCCGUCGGUGGCACGAUCGGACGCAAACUUUCGAACUUUACCAAGAUCGAUUCUGGUUUCACGAAAUACAGUCCACAUAUCAAGGCGUCCCUUGUGAAGAAGCAGAACCAGCAUCUCACAAAAGGCUUUCUGGAGCCCAAGAGUUACAAAAAGCUCCCAUUGAUUGAAAAGGAGAAACUUUCGUCGAACGUUUUCCGCUUCGUCUUCCAACUUCCCACUCCACAAGCAGUCAUUGGACUCCCUAUUGGUCAGCAUGUUGCUAUCAGAGCCAUGAUCAAUGGUACCGCAGUCUCGAGAUCUUACACACCGACAUCCAACAAUCUGGAUCUUGGUAGGCUGGAACUAGUCAUUAAAUGCUACCCAGAUGGUCUUCUCACGGGACAGUAUCUUGCCGCUCUCGAAGUCGGCGAUAAUGUGGAAUUCCGAGGUCCUAAGGGUGCGAUGCAAUAUCAUAAUGGUCUCUGCAAGAAGAUCGGUAUGAUUGCAGGUGGAACUGGAAUCACCCCGAUGUAUCAACUCAUCCGUGCAAUUUGCGAGGAUGAUAGGGAUACAACUGAAAUCAGUCUGAUCUAUGCCAACCGAUCCGAAGAGGACAUUCUUCUUCGCCGCGAGUUGGAGACCUUUGCUCGAGCCUAUCCCAAAAACUUCCAGCUCUGGUACAUGCUUGAUUCUCCCUCCGAGAACUGGGCAUAUGGCAAGGGCUAUGUCACGCCUGAAGUCAUGGCUGCACGGUUGCCCUCGGCAGCACCGGAUACAAAGAUCAUGCUAUGUGGACCACCGGGUAUGGUGAAUGCUUCGAAAAAGAGCUUGGUGGCAGCUGGGUUUGAAGCGCCCGGUGCAGUUUCGAAGAUGUCAGAUCAGAUCUUUUCCUUUUGA